AUGUUAUCAACGAAGAGGAAAGCGCUAGACACCGGUCUGCAAAGACGUGUCAGAGCAAGAAGGGAAUCUUCUGAGGAAAUUGAAGAAUCUUCUUCGGAUUCUGCUCCAUCAGAAAUUGGUAGAGAUGACAACGAGGAAGAGGAAAGUUCCAGCGAUGAGACGGAGGAUGAGGUAGAAGAGGAAGCAUCUGAAUCCGAGGAAGAAACGUCCAACGAUGCAGCAGCCUCGAUUUCUUUCGGCGCAUUGGCUAAAGCACAAGCAACCAUGUCCAAGCCUAGUAAAAGGGAUUCGAAAAAAUCAAAGAAGAGCAACGCGGAUGGAUGGGAAGAUAAUGAAGCUACCGAACGUAAAGCAGGGAAGAAAGACCAACGAGAUUUUACUCGCAGUAGUAAAAAUGCACCAACCGAAAUUUCCAGCAAGAAAGCAGUUUCCCGUCGCAGAGAAGUCGUACCUGUUAAGAAAAGAGAAAUUCGCGAUCCACGAUUCGAUCCUACGCACGGUCCGGUGGAUAUGGGAAAGAUCGAAAAAGUAUAUGAUUUCUUGGUUGAUUAUCGGGAGGAUGAAAUUAAGAAAUUAAGGAAGACGAUCAAGAAAACUAAGGAUGAAGAUGAGAAGGAGAAGUUAAAGAGGGACUUGCUGAGUAUGGAGAGUAGAAAGAAGACAGAUGCGAAGAAGAGGAAGGCUAGGGAGAUUUUGGAUAAGCAUAGGAAGGAGGAAAAGGAAUUGGUGAAGGAAGGAAAGACACCAUAUUAUUUGAAGAAGGCAGAACAGAAGAAGAGGGUUCUGUUGGAUACAUAUGGAGAGUUGAAGGGGAGACAAUUGGAUCGGGUUAUCGAAAGGAGGAGAAAGAAGGUGGAGGGGAAGGAAAAGAAGAAUAUGCCGAGGGCAAGAAGGGUGGUCGAGUAG